AUGUUACCUAAUGAUUAUAUAAAUACAUUAGAACAAACAUUGUUUAUUGCAGUACCUCAGAUAACAGCUUUUGAAAAUGCAAAUGUUGGAGAUUUUAAUGAUGCCGUUAAAUAUAAUAUUUUAAAAAGUAAAAUAAGAGAACAUAUUUCAAAUUUGAAUAAGGAUAAAAUUUAUCAACAAUCUUCUUAUAAUUCUAAGAUAAUAGAAGCUUCAGUAAUUUCACAAUCACCCGAUAUACAAAAAAUGAUUGAUGAGACAACCAAGAGGUCCCCAUCAAAUUUAAAAACAAAAGAAGAUUAUGGAAAAUAUUAUUUAACUAAAUUCUUAAACGAUUUAGAUAUAAAUGAUUUAGAUUCAAAUUAUUUUGAAAAACCUUUUCAAAGAUCUCAUCUACAAAAAAAAAAAUGGAUAUUACCAGUAAAUAAGUUAUCUUCAGAAGAGUUGAAUACUCAAUGCUUAGCAACAUCUAACCAAUCAAAAACAUAUAAUGAAUUAUUUUCAAAACUUUCACCUGUAAUGCGAAAAAUGUAUCUCAGAAGUGAGAUUGGAACCUUAAAUAAG